AUGCAGCCGACGAGAAACCAACACUUAGCGCAGCUUUUUCGCUCUUCCCGGACGCUCAUCACCACCACAUCUCGACGCAAGGUAGUCUUAGAGCUCGUCAUGACGGUGUCGGAACAUGCGAAGGACAACGAGCUGCGGCAUCGCUCCGUCGCCACCUCCGAAGCAUCCGAAUUGAACGGCAAUGCAGCCAAGGCAUCCAGCACAACCUCCACUGCAACCGCAAUCAUCUCCACCACCGCUCCGGAAUGGCUUCUCAUCCUCUCCCUCAUCUUCGGCGGUUGCUGCUCCAACGCAUACACGCUCGAGCUAGCCACUCGUCAACUGCCUUCCGCAGGCACGCUCAUCACAUUCGCCCAGUUCCUCGUCACCACCUUAUCCUCCCUACCGUAUUUCCUCCGGUUCUCUUCGUCUCCUCCAUUCGUGGGCUUCAAACCACGAGCGGUUCCGUUGUACAGAUGGAUCGUCCAGGUCGCAUUCUACCUCAGCACGAGCCUGCUCAACAAUAUGGCGUUCGCGUAUGACGUGCCUAUGCCCGUACACAUCGUGUUCCGAUCGGGCGGUCUGGUGAUCAACAUGAUCUUGGGAUGGUUGGUCCAGAAGAGGAUCUAUACGAGGUUGCAAGUGGGUAGCGUCGUUCUGGUGACACUCGGAGUGGUCAGCAGUACCUUAUACUCGACUAGCACAAAAUCCACCUCAACAGUGGGUGAGGCUGCGCCUGACGCUGGACAAUACCUGACGGGCGUAUUGCUGUUGUUCUCGGCACUCGUGUUGACCGGGUUGAUGGGGUUAUGGCAGGAGCAGACCUUCAAGCUCUACGGCAAUCAGAACUGGAGAGAGUCCAUGUUCUACUCCCACCUGCUCUCACUACCGAUGUUUGCGCUCAGACCGGAGAGCUUGCUACGAGACAUCCAACAUGCCAACUCCACCACGCCCUGGUGGUUUGGCUUCGGUCCCCCAACCCGUCUUCCCUCCUCCGCCAACUCCACCACCACCCUCCUCAGCCGCUUCCUCGCCCUCGUCAAACCGCCUACCUUCCCCUCCCGUCGUCCCGACGUCACCCAGGAGAAACUCUUCGACCUCACUCAUCUCCCACCCUUCUCCUACAUCGCCGCCCACCUCCCAUCCAACACCGGCGUCUGGAUACCCAGCUUCUACCCACCUCUCCUGCUCAACGUGGCCACCCAACUGCUCUGCAUCAACGGCGUGAAUCGUCUGACGUCCAAGGUCAGCAGUCUCUCGGUGACGCUCGUGCUGGUGGUGAGGAAGGCAGUCAGCUUGAUGGUCAGCGUCAUGCUGGUCGAGAGGUCGACGGGCACAGUGGGGUUGUGGUGCGGCGCUGCGGCUGUGUUGGCGGGUACGGUUGGGUAUUCCGUUUCCAGACCGGCUCAGUCCAAGUCGAAGGAGACCGAGAAGAAGACGCAAUAG